UCCAGAGAAACGCACUCAGAGCGCAUCAACGACGUUGUUAUCAGACAACAUUGUUUUAUUUGUCAACAGCAGCUUGGAAAGAGCAUUCCGGCGUAACAGAUAUAAAAAUGUCUAUAUUUACGCCAACAAAUCAAAUACGGCUGACAAAUGUGGCUGUGGUGAGGAUGAAAAAGGGAGGAAAGCGGUUUGAAAUCGCCUGCUACAAGAAUAAAGUUGUGAACUGGCGAUCAGGAGCAGAGAAAGACCUGGAUGAGGUUUUGCAGACAAGAUCGGUUUUCGUUAAUGUGUCCAAAGGUCAAGUUGCUAAGAGAGAUGACUUGACUAAAGCUUUUGGAACAGAUGAUCUGACUGAAAUUUGUAAAUUGAUCCUGACCAAAGGAGAUCUCCAAGUGUCAGACAGGGAAAGGCACUCUCAGCUGGAGAUGAUGUUCAAGGAUAUUGCGACUAUUGUGGCAGAGAAGUGUGUCAACCCUGAGACCAAGAGGCCAUACACAGUCAGUCUAAUUGAGGGGGCGAUGAAGGACAUCCACUACUCUGUGAAAACCAACAAGAGCCCUAAACAGCAGGCUCUGGAAGUGAUCCGGCAGCUGAAGGAGACCAUGGAGAUCCAGAGGGCCCACAUGAGGCUGCGUUUGGUGCUGCCAGCCAAGGAGGCCAAGAGGCUGAAGGAGAAGCUGAAACCGCUCCUGCAGGUUGUGGAGAGUGAAGACUUUGAUGAGGAGCUGGAAAUGGUGUGUCUGGUGGAUCCCGGCUGCUUCAGGGAGAUCGACGAGCUGAUCCGUUGUGAGACUAAAGGCCGAGGUUCUCUGGAGGUUCUCAGUCUGAAGGAUGUGGAGGAGGGAGAUGAGAAACUGUAGUAACCCAACAAGUCAGGAGUCUGCACCUUAUCCACACUAACAUGCAGCACACAAACUGCAAACUCAUUUAAGAGACUAUAUUUAUGAUUCAGCCUGUUUCCCAGCCUCUCUUAUGAUGAAAUGAUUUAUCUGACUUAUUAUUAUUUGCCAGAUUUGCGUACUGGGUGGAAUGUAUUUUGGAUAUAUGUGUGAGCAUGUAUACCUGAACUUGCAGGUCAGUAAAUAGCUCUGGCCUGCUUUCACAUAUUUAUUCAGUUUCUUUUCUUAUAUCAGUACCUGGUGACCUUUAGCAGAACUUCUCAACAAGGCUGUUUCUGCCCUUACAUCAGACUUUGUGUGCCAUGUAGCUCAGUAUACCAAUUUUAUGGAUGAUUUCUUUAACCCAAUGAUAUAUAUUUUGUCAUAAUGAAUGCGUUUGCUCUGUAGCAAAUAAAUAACAAAAAUGUUUA